AUGGCAGCCCAGACGGGCAGGUCCGCAGUGCCUGCUUGGGAGGAGGCCAUGAAGAAACAGGAGAUUGCAGGGAGUGGACAUUUGGCUGAUGGAGUAAAGAAGAAGAUUCUGUCCAAGGUGGCCGCCCUGAGGCUGAGACUGGAAGAAAGGGAAAAGGCCAGAAAGAAUUCGGGCUUUCCUAAAAAGAUUCCUAAACUCGAAAUGUCAGUAUCACGCACAGAUGAGAAAAAAGACCCCCAAAAGCCACCUUGCAAAAGGGAAGGAAAAGCUCCGGUGUUACUGAAAAAGAUCCAAGCCGAGAUGUUCCCUGACCACUCUGGAAAUGUAAGAUUGAGCUGCCAGUUUGCAGAAAUUCAUGAAGAUUCUACCAUCUGGUGGACAAAAGAUUCAAAGUCAAUAGCCCAAGUGCAGAGAAGCGCAGGAGACACCUCCAUUGUGUCCUUGGUGAUCGUUCAAGCCAGUCAGAAGGACCAGGGCCUCUAUUACUGCUGCAUCAAGAAUAGUUACGGAAAAGUGACUGCUGAAUUUAACCUCACCACUGAAGUUCUCAAACAACUUGCCAGUCACAAGGAUAGUAAAGGAUGUGAAGAGAUCGAAUUCAGCCAGCUUAUCUUCAGAGAAGACUUCCUCCAGGACAGCUACUUCGGGGGCUGCCUGCGAGGUCAGAUCGCCACAGAGGAGCUGCACUUCGGGGAAGGCGUCCACCGAAAAGCCUUCCGCAGCAAGGUCAUGCGAGGCCUCACGCCCGUCUUCCAGCCCGGCCACCCCUGCGUGCUCAAGGUGCACAAUGCCGUGGCCUACGGGACCAGGAACAACGAUGAGCUUGUCCAGAGGAACUACAACCUCGCUGCCCAGGAAUGCUAUGUUCAAAAUACUGCCAGAUACUAUGCCAAGAUCUACGCUGCUGAAGCGCAGCCUCUGGAAGGCUUCGGAGAAGUGCCAGAGAUCAUUCCCAUUUUUCUUAUCCAUCGGCCUGAGAACAACAUCCCAUAUGCAACAGUGGAGGAGGAGCUGAUUGGAGAAUUUGUGAAGUAUUCCAUCAGGGAUGGAAAGGAAAUCAACUUCCUGAGAAGAGAAUCGGAGGCCGGUCAGAAGUGUUGCACCUUCCAGCACUGGGUGUACCAGAAAACAGGUGGCUGCCUCCUGGUCACAGACAUGCAGGGUGUAGGAAUGAAGUUAACCGACGUUGGCAUAGCAACAUUGGCUAAAGGGGAAACACAUUUGUGUCCUAACUUGGAAACAAACAAGAACUCUGCAAAGGCGUUUUGAGACUAAUUACUAACAGGAAUGCCAUGGGGAAAUGCCAGCAAUACUGGGAUUUCUUUUAACUACGAAUGUUCCAUUUUUCUACAUUUAAUGUCUUUACUAUUAGAAGCAUCAGCAAA